AUGAAGUUCCCGUUGUUACUGAUUGCAGCGGCCUUGCUGCGAGCCGCCGAGGCAUUCAGCACCAAAACGAGGCACAGAGGAGCCGAAUCGUCGUACGCACUUAGCGACGAUGCGCACAUUAACAUGGAAGGCCUGUCUACGGACAGCUUCAUCGCCCAGUUCGGCGGAGAUGUCGCGGUGCUUGUCGGCGGACUUGUCCAGGAUGACAGCGCGGAGGCGGCGAUGAGCUCCCCGCUCAACUUCUUCUACAGCCGCAAAAGCGAGGGGUCGGGGAGUCUGCAGCCGUCGAACAAGGAUAUUCAGAAGACCGUGGCGGAGUGCAUCCUGACUCACCACGAGGCCGCCGGGCCGAAGUCCAGGAAGAUAUACCUCCCCUUGAAGGACGCCGAGGAGUACGGCAAGCGCAUCGAGCACGCCAAAGCGCGUGUGACGCCGGAACCGGCGAUGGUCACGUCAGCGAGGUCGGAACAUGGCGCCGCCAGGGCGCCCAUGGACCUGGUAUGCAAGUCCGUCAUCAUCAGUGACGACGCCAAGAAGUGCAACGUGUGCCUCUACGCGGAAAUCUUGGUGCCCAACAAACACGUCAGAUACGGGCACAUCGGGAAGGCGAGCGUGCUGGAGUGCCUCAACGGCUACGACACCGAGCUCGGCAGGAGCGGCUCCAGCAAGACCUACUUCAUCGACGCACCAGCCAGGUACCACCCGGUCUGCAUAGCCUCCUGA